GUACAUUUUGUAUAAAUUAUAAAAAGUUUUUAAAAAUAAAUCUAAAAAAUGGGGCAUUUCCGAAUUUUAAUAAUAUUAUUGGUAGCGUUCGCCGUUAUGGUCAACGGCGGACAGUACUUACAAUCAAGGAUAAUCGCAUCUGGUGGUUGUGAUAACUACACUUGUGGAAUCAACGCGAAAUGCACGAUAAGUCGUGGGCGUCCUGUGUGUUCUUGUCUCAAUCUUCAUAUGGGCGAUCCUCUUUCACAAUGUAUACGUGUCGAGUGUUUAAUUAAUGAAGACUGUAUUGGAAUUAAAACUUGUAUAAAUAAUAAAUGUGUUGAUCCAUGCCCUGGCUUAUGUGGUAUAAAUGCAUUAUGUGAGACCAAAAAUCACAUACCUCAAUGUUAUUGCCCACCUGGAUAUACAGGCAAUCCUUCUAAUAAUUGUCAUUUAGCCGAUCCCCAAGCAGCAUGUAAACCUAGUCCAUGUGGAGAAAAUACAAGAUGUGAAGUAAUUAAUGAAAUACCUGUUUGUACUUGUCUUUCUGGUUAUAAAGGAUCGCCUUUAACUGGUUGUCGUCAUGAAUGUGAAAAUGACCAUGAAUGUCCUAAUCAUCUAGCAUGUUCAUCCUUAUUUAAAUGUGAAAGUCCAUGUAAAUGUGGUAAAAAUGCUAAUUGCGAUGUUGUCAAUCAUCUUGCCAAAUGUACAUGUCCACAUAAUUGGUCAGGAAAUCCAUAUCUUUCUUGCCAUCCAGAAUGUACUACUCACUCUGAUUGUCCAGCUAGCAAACCUGCUUGUUUUUAUCAAAAAUGUAUAAAUCCUUGUGACGGUGUAUGUGGAGUAAAUGCUGAUUGUAACUUACGUGAUAUUACUCCUGUAUGCAGUUGUCCAAGACAUAUGACAGGGAAUCCUUUUGUGUAUUGCAGAAAUUUUGAACCAAGAGAUCUUUGUGAACCAAACCCUUGUGGUAUAGAUGCAAUUUGUACUCCUGGUCAUGAUAAUACAGGUAAAGAAAGACCAGUUUGUACAUGUCCUACUGGUUAUAUUGGUAACGCUCUAAAAGUAUGUCAACGGGGAGAGUGCCUUAGCGAUAGUGAAUGUCCCGAUAAUCGAGCUUGCAUAGAUUUCACUUGUCAAAAUCCAUGUACUGGUUAUGAGUGUGGACCAAAUGCCGUUUGCACUCCAAGGCGUCAUAUUGCUGUUUGUACCUGUCCUGAUGGAACACGUGGUGAUGCACUUUUUAAUUGCAAUCCAAUUGAUAGUAAAACGGCAUAUUAUGCAAGAUCUUAUCGGUAUCGCUCCUAUUAAAUCGAACGGAAUUUUUAUGUAAAUAUUAAUGCGCAAGAAAAAUAGAAAAAAGUGUUGUGUAAAACUAAAAGUAUAUUUUUAUCCAUAGUUUUGAUGCUUCUUUUAUGUAUUUUCACAUAUAAAAACGUAAUAUAAUAAUAUCAGAUAUAA